UCUUCACGUGAGAGUGUAAACAUGGCGACUCUGUUUUCGUAUUUUACUCCAAAAUCGAAGAAGCCCUCGUCUCCUGUUUGCGGUGAUACUGCAGAUAAAAAGAAGAAUAAUUCGCCAAAGGAAGGCGCGCAGGGGUUUUCGCCAAUAAACGAUAAGAAAUCGACGUCGCCAAACACGCCGAAAGCUUCGAGGACGCAGAAAGAUUUGAGCGGGGAAUCUGGCUUGGUGAAGAUUGAACAAUGUGGAAUUGUAUGGGCGAAACUCGAAGGACACCCCUGGUGGCCAAGUUUGAUCUGUGAUCAUCCUACGCAGAGAGUUUACGAACGAGGAGAUAAGUGCCAUGUUCAGUUUUUUGGAGACCCUCCGAGUCGAGCUUGGGUAAAGCGAAGGCAAAUGAAACAAUUUUCAAAAGAUCAAAACAAUCGUGUGAUAGAUCCCAACAUAAAGAAUGCAGUGCAGCAAGCUGAGGAUGCCUUGUCUCUCACACUGGAACAGCGAAAGGAACUUGUCAACUGUUUACCUUCUGAUGAGGAAGAGAAUGGAGAAGACCCUUGUGAUGAAACAAUGUUAACAGAUGAUGAGAGCCCCAAGAAAGAAUCAAGCGGACAGAAGAGGAAGAACAGUGGAGGAAGUUCCAGAAAUGAUGCUAGUGACGAGAAAGAUGAUGAUGAAGUUACAGGAAGGAAGUACAACAGCAAACGGCCCCGAAGGAAAGCUGCCACAAAGAAUAAAAAAGUAAAGAAAAGACGCAUUAUAGAGUCGGGUUCAGAAGACUCAGCAGAUGAUUACAAGCCUGACGAAGAUGGUGAUGAUGAUGAUGAUGAGAGCUGUAGUAGUGGAGUUGAUGAAAAUGAGUUGGAGGAGGACAGUCAUUCUGAGGAGGACAUUGACGAUAUUGUAGAAACGCCAUCUCGUAAACGUAAGAGAGGCAGUACCUCUACUCCACAUCAGAAGAAAACAAAGAACAGUACACCAUCAACUCCCUGUACCCCUGCUGUCAGCAAGCAAGCUCUACUGAGUACUCCAUCACCUUCAGUCCUGUCAGGAUCUUUUGCAAAAAAGAUGUCAAGUUCUGCUAGUAAAGCAGCAGUUUCACUAGCAAGAUUUCAGAUGAAUUCGUCCCCAGUUCCAAAGGCAAGUGCAGCUGAUGGUGAGGGAGUGGGAACUUAUACACAUGAGAGACUGGAAUGGUUAAAGGAAGACAAGAGAAAAGAUAAACAGGGAAGGCCAAUGAUACAUCCAGAAUAUGACCCAAGGACACUGCUGGUUCCCUCGUCCUUUCUCAACUCCAAAGAUGCUACACCAGCUAUGAAGCAAUGGUGGCAGCUGAAGAGUGACAACUUUGACACCAUCCUGUUCUUUAAGGUUGGCAAAUUCUAUGAAUUGUACAACAUGGAUGCCACAGUCGGUGUGAAAGAACUUGGAUUAAUCUAUAUGAAGGGUAAUUUUGCACAUGCUGGUUUUCCUGAAAUUGCCUUUGGACGAUACUCUGACACACUGAUUCAGAAAGGCUAUAAAGUGGCACGAGUAGAGCAAACAGAAACUCCAGAGAUGAUGAAGGAAAGAUGCAAGAGAACUCACUCAAAUUUAAAGAGUGAUCAAGUGGUGAAAAGGGAAAUAUGUGCUGUAAUCACAAAAGGAACAAAGACAUACAGUUUUGUGGAUGGGGAUUGUACAGAAAGUAGUGCUGCCUAUCUUUUAGCUAUUUCUGAAAAGGGUUCUGAUGAUGUUUCUGGUGGGGAAAGUGUCUAUGGUGUUUGCUUUGUGGACACAUCCAUUGGAAAGUUUCAUAUUGGACAGUUCAAAGAUGAUCGUCAGUCUUCUCGAUUGCGGACUCUGGUGGCCCAUUUUACUCCUGUCCAGGUUCUGUGUCCCCGUGGAGGUUUAACAUUGAAAACCCAACAAGUUCUCAACCAUGAAUUGAUGUCUGCCAUGAAGGAAUACUUAACACAAGGAUCACAGUUUUGGGAAGCAGGCAAGACACUGAAGGUUCUUGCAGAGGAACAGUAUUUCAAUAAUGACGAGAACAACGCUGAAAAUCCAGUGAAGAGUUGGCCAGAUGUUUUAAAGAAGUUGACUGAUGGAGAUCCUCUGGGUUUAAUGCCCGGUGAAGGCAGUGAAUUGGCUUUGAGUGCUCUUGGUGCUGUGAUUUGGUACCUGAAGAAAUGCCUGAUAGAUGGAGAAGUCUUAUCAAUGGGGAAUUUUGAGGAAUACCUGCCGCUGGACAAUUCUCCUGCCUGCGGACAGAACUCAAGUUUUGUGAAAGGGAGGCAGCACAUGAUCCUGGAUAACAUCACUCUAACAAACCUGGACGUUAUUCCAUCUGGGCCUGAUGCUUCACUCGAGGGAACCUUGCUGGAAAGACUGGAUCACUGUUGUACCCCUUUUGGUAAACGUUUAUUCAAGCAAUGGCUUUGUGCACCUCUAUGCAACCCGGCUUCCAUCAAUGACAGACUCAAUUCUGUAGAAGAUUUGAUGGCUAACCCAAGUUUAAUGGCGGAAACAAAAGAUGUAUUGAAGGCCCUGCCAGAUCUGGAAAGACUCUUAAAAAAAAUACACGCGUUGAGUUUGCCUCGAGACAAGAAUCACCCAGCCAAUAGAGCAAUUCUCUAUAAUGAAGACACUUACAGUAAGCGAAAAAUAAAUGAUUUUCUCACGAUCUUGGAGGGUUUUGAUAAGGCGACAGAGAUUACAGCCAUGUUCAAAGACCAUGCUAGUUCUUUCAGUUCCAAACUUCUCACUCAAGUUGUCACAGAACAGGACGUUACCGCUGGACAGUCGAAAGUUAGUGGGCAGUUUCCGAAGUUGCACGAUCUCUUACACGCCUUCAAGCACUCGUUUGAUCACAACAAGGCUAGGAAUGAAGGCGUUAUAUUGCCUAAGGCAGGGGUUGAUCCAGAUUAUGAUCAAGCCAUAGCAGAUAUUCAGUCCAUGCGCACCUGGUUUGACCAAUACCUGAAGAAACAAUGCGCUACACUGGGCUGCAAGGCUACGUAUUGGGGCUCAGCCAAGAACCGUUAUCAGCUUGAAAUUCCUGACUCCGUCCGUAAGAUUCCCGACGAAUACACCCUGCAGUCGCAGAAGAAAGGAUUUAAACGAUACUGGACAGCAGCGAUUGAAGAGAAACUGGCGGAGUUAGUGGAAGCCGAGGAAAGACGAGAGGAAGCUUUGAAAGACACUAUGAGACUUGUGUUUCACAAAUUUGAUCAAGAGUACAAGACGUGGGAUAAAACAGUACAGUGUCUGGCUGUAUUGGACUCACUGAUAAGCCUUGCAUCCUGCAGUUCGCAGGCUGACGGUCCGAUGUGUAGACCUGAUAUCGUUCUUCCCGAGCAGACUUCUGAUGAAGAAUUUCAGCCUUUCUUGGAAAUCCGAGAAGGACGGCACCCGUGCAUUUCACGCACGUUCAGUGGCGGCGAUUUUAUCCCAAAUGACACAGUGAUUGGGAUGCAAGAUGACAAUGACUGCGAGGAGACAGCGGUCAACAGUCAAAGCACCUGCGUACUGGUUACUGGGCCUAAUAUGGGCGGCAAAUCAACGCUGAUGAGACAGGCUGGACUGAUCGUUAUCAUGGCUCAAAUGGGCUGUUAUGUUCCAGCUGAGAAGUGCCGCCUCUCUCCUGUGGAUCGAGUCUUUACUAGGCUGGGAGCGCACGACAGAAUCCUGUCAGGUGAGAGUACUUUCUUUGUCGAACUGAGCGAGACUUCAACCAUUCUCCGACAUGCGACGAGGCAUUCCCUUGUUCUGGUGGAUGAACUCGGUCGUGGCACUGCAACAUAUGACGGUACAGCCAUUGCUUGUGCAGUGGUUGGUGAACUUUCACGUCACAUCAAAUGCAGGACACUGUUUUCCACACACUAUCACUCACUGGUCGAGGAGUUCUCCGCUGACCCGAAUGUUCGAUUAGGGCAUAUGGCGUGCAUGGUUGAAAAUGAAGACGAGACUGAUCCAAGUAAAGAGACAAUAACAUUCCUGUACAAGUUCGUGAAAGGCGCCUGUCCGAAGAGUUACGGAUUUAAUGCAGCAAGGCUUGCUGGGAUACCGGAUGAGGUAAUAUCUGUGGCUGUAAAUAAAGCUCGACAAUUUGAGGAGACUACAGAUCGCGUCAAAAUUUUCAGGUCGCUGCUUAACUGCAAGACAGGGGAUAUAAAACAGCUACAGAAGCAAAUAAUGUGUAAUUAGUAUUGAAAGUGGGCAAAGUAGAAUGUUACUGCUUUGAUUUUUCUGAGCCAGAUGAAGAAGUUCAAAUUGUUCCUGUUUUAGA